UGAAACUUUGCAGCCAUGACCGUUUGUGUUCAACUCGAUUCGUAUAUGGCAGGGACACUCCGAACCACAUUCCUCAAUCCCCUCACCGCAGGAUGUAUGACUUCCGUUCGCCGCCGACUUUAUUUUCCGGGUACCCUCUUUCCAUUUUCCUGCAAUCAUUACUCGGUCAGAAUCCAACUCCGUCCAGCACUCGCUCGGAAGUGUCCCUCAUUUCCUUCAAUUCCUAUCAGAGCCCAAAAACAAUCUUACCAGGGUAAUGAAAGUGAAAACCAAAUUCCAGUAGAAGACUACAAUUGGGCGGCACCUAUUCUGAAUUUCGCAUCAAAUAAUUUUCUUCCAUUAGCUCUUAUAUGCGGAGUAACCCUUGGGUUGGCAAAUCCUAGCCUUGGUUGUAUUGCAGAUAGAUAUUAUCUCUCCAAGCUCAGCACUUUUGGGAUAUUCACUAUCUCCGGGCUGACACUCCGUACAGAAGAAAUCGCUGCUGCUGCUGAAGCUUGGCCGGUUGCACUGUUUGGUCUUGCUUCUAUUUUGUUCAUCACACCUCUGUUUUCAAAGAUUAUUUUGCUGCUUCGGCUUCAGCCUCAAGAAUUCAUCACAGGUCUAGCUAUAUUUUGCUGCAUGCCAACAACAUUAUCUAGCGGAGUGGCUCUAACUAGGCUGGCUGGAGGAAAUUCUGCCCUUGCUCUUACAAUCACAUUGAUAUCAAGUCUCACAGGAAUUCUGAUUAUACCGUUUUCCAUCUCAAAGCUCAUUGCCAGGGGAGUUGGUCUACCUGUUCCGACUCAGCAGCUGUUGACAGGCCUUGUUCUAACACUCUUGGUUCCUCUCAUUCUCGGGAAGGUUUUUCGAGAUUCUUUCAAGAGAUUGGCAGAAUUUGCUGAUCUGAAUCGCAAGCUCCUGUCUGUGACAAGUGCAGUUCUCCUCAGUUUAUGAGGCAGCUAUGAUUCGAGAUCGUGAAGAGUAUCUUUGAAAAUCACAAGUUCCGUAAAUGAAACAGUAAUUCCUGUUUUUUCUUUCUUAUUUAUUUAUUUAUCUAAACAGGCCCCAUUUAUACAAGUGAGUAAAUCAAGAUCACUGCUCUUACUGGUUAACCCAGCUGCUUUUCUCAUUGCAGUGGUCAUGGGAGCGCUUUUGCAUGUAAUAUUAUUUUCUUUUAACGCUCUUGCGAUAAGAAUUUUCUCUCUUGGUGGACCCAAAUCAGCUUUCGCGAAGAAGGAAAAUGCCAGUGCCCUCUUAUUUGUUGCGAGCCAGAAAACGUUACCGGUCAUGGUAGCUGUUGUUGAACAGCUUGGUGGUGCACUGGGUGAACCUGGUCUGCUGAUUCUUCCCGGUGUAGCAGCCCAUUUGAGCCAGAUAAUCAUGGAUUCAUUUGUAGUCAACUAUUGGCAGAAGGAUCGAGCUAAUAAUCUAUAGUAUCGAGCCAAUAAUCAUUUGUGUUUAUUCCUUCGAUGCAUGGGCUUCCUGAAUUUUACCUAAACACAUCCAUGUUAAAUGUACUUUGAUCAAGUGCUCAAGAGUUUUUUUCCGUAUUAAUGCUAAUUAAUUAAGUAUUUACGAAAAUAGGGUUGAGUUAAAAGUAUUUACGGAUAUACUGCUGGGCUUAACCCUGGUCGGGGUAAGUCGCCAAACCAUUUGGCGACUUAUAAGUCGCCCAACCCAUAAAUUAAUAAACAGGGUUAAGCUAACCUCGAGAACCCACCAGUCUAGUAUCGAGAAAGAAAGUUGUCUUUUGAGAGCUCAUCACUUGGGAAGUUAAAGAAGCCCACCAGGGUGUGAGCUUCUUUAACUUUCCCACACCUGAACUCCUUGUGGGAAGUUUGAAGGCUAUAAAUAUGAAUCACUCAUCACUUAAUAUUAAAAGAUGAAGGAGAAUAGGGGAGCUCUCGCGCACACAAGAAUUCCGGCUUCUAGUUCAGAACCGAAAAUUCACACCCCCCUGCGCGGGCGACCUGCGGACACGAUAGUCGUAAAAUUCAGCGGGUCUCAAAAGACAAUUUUGCCCCUCUUUUCUUUCCUUUUUUUUAAACUUUCUUUCUCAAUACUGGACUGGUGGGUUCUCGAGGUAAGUCGCCAAACCGUGGGUUCUCGAUACUUUCUUUCUUUCCUUUUCUUUCCUGUUUAUUAAUUUAUGGGUAAGUCGCCAAACCGUUGGGCGACUUAUAAGUCGCCAAACGGUUAACGGUUUGGCGACUUACCCCGACCAGGGUUAAGCCCAACAGUAUAUCCGUAAAUACUUUUAACCCAACCCUAUUUUCGUUAAUACUUAAUUAAUUAGCAUUAAUACGGAAAAAAACUCAGUGCUCAAUCACAAGUUAUUUAGUACUAGAGCAUCAUUCCUUUUGAAGGUCUCCUUUUGAAAAUAACGUUUGCAGGCAAUCAUCAUCAUCAUUACCCGAGUGUCACAAAGGCUCCCAUCUAUGAUGGGGUAAGGGGGGUUGGAUGUCCGCAGUCUUGCCCCUGUACUAAAACACCAAGAGAUUGUUUUUAGGACUUUAGUGAGCCAUCUGUGAAAUUCACGUCGAAAAUUGCACGCACUGACUACUACUUCAUAAUAAAGAAGUGUAGAUAGUUUAGGACUUGAGUGAGCCAUUUUGCUUUGUUCCAUCAUAUUUCCAAGGAAAAAAAACGAGUCUUUGGCUCCAUUAAAAAUGAUUAAAAACAUUUGGAGGC